CGUUUGCAAGACCAAGAUGGUGUUGGUGACGAUAAGGGGCGCCUCCCUCCGUCACCUGAGCCGCCCCUCCUCCCCCCACAGCUCAGCCCCCGCACGCCCAAGGAAGCAGUACGAAGUUAUCACUGAGAGGACACACACACGGAGCCGCUUCCAGUCCGGCUCCAGGGUAGUGAUGGGUGCCCGGUUGAGGUCACGUGGGGGUCGUGGUGCACUGUGGGUCGUGGUGGUGGUAGUGGUCGUGGCCUCUGGGAGUCCCGUCGGAGCCGAGACUCCAGAAGGCACGACAGAAACCUCUUGUGAGACCCAUCCUUGCACUGCGAGGGGGCCCUCGGCUCAGGCCUGGACGCAGCCGACGCCGCGUGUGACAGUGGGCCUCAGGGUCGUGCCGAAGGAUGAGACGCCAAAAGACACGUCGGAGGCACCUAGGCACCGCGACGUAGCAGUGCUAAGUGUAGGCCACGAGGGACCCGGAGGAAACAAGAGCUUCAGCUGGGGCGCGGGGCACGUGCAGGAAAAGGCGCCCAAGAUGCCCCUACCCAUCGUCACCGUCGCCAGUAGGCUACUGGACGUCGGGCGAAGGGACGAGGACCCGGAGACAAGGACCAUCAGUUCCCUGGCGCGGGAUCCUCCGCCCAAGCCUCUGGAAUUCGACCCCGUGCCGGAGGGUGAUCCCUACAAGACGGACAGCACUCUGGCUCAGCCCACGGUGCUGGCAUGGGCGGGCGCCUUCGUCUCCGCCCUGCAGCCGGAGCACUUCCCCAUGGAACUCGUGCGAGCAGCUCUGGAACGGAAAAUCACUGCAGAACAGCUUGUCAUGCAGUCUCUGCAAGCUGAGCCCGGUUUCAUCGCUUUCAUGGGCGUGGGCCUAUCGCUGGCGGCGGGCGUACCUCUGAUAGGAAUGAUAGUGUGCUGCUGUAGGAUGUGCGGGCGCUGCGGGGGCAAGAAAACGCAACACCACCACGACGACUGCUUCAACUGCCAGAGGAGAUCCCUCACCACGUCCCUCGCCACCUGCGCCCUCUUCGUCUCGCUGGGCGUGGUGGUGGCCGUCGUAAGCAACGAGCGCCUGAGCAGCGCCGUGUCGGAAGCGAGAGCGAGUGUGCAGAAUAACGUCCAAGACCUCGAUACCUUCUUGAGGAACACCAAGAUGCAGCUCCGGUUCCUCGUCAGCAACUCCUUAGAGCAGACAGUCGACGCGAUCUACAGUGACCUUGACGACGUGGAGUACCUGCUGGGGAGGCCUCUUCAGAGGGAGUUAGCGGCGGAGGCGCAGAUCGAGGUGGCCCUGGACUCUCUCCUGCACAUAAGCAGCAGUUUACGCAGCAUCGCCGGUCGCAUGCGGUCGCUGGAAGAAGCGAGGUCGCAGGCGGCGGCUCGGGCAGAAGAGCUAAGAGGCCGCCUUGUUGAGUUAGCGGGAGAUAUACAGAGGUUUGUUGCUCGUUGCACGCCCGAAGAUGCGGAUUUGUGCAACUCCCUAGACUAUCGAGGACUUGAUCUGGACGCUCGUUUCGAUAGUUUCUCCUUCUCGGAGCAGCUGCGUCUCCUCUCGGCCGUGGAGAGCCACAACCUGACGGAGACUGCGAGACACGCGAGGUACGAGUUCGAGAACAUUCCGAACUAUGUAGAGUCGAUGACGCGCCGCACGCGGGACGACGUGAAGCGCGCAGUCCGGACCUUCCGCGCCCAUGUGUACUCUCGUGUGCGGGGUCUUGACGACGUGGCCUUCGACCUGGAAGUGCGCACACGAGACAUCACCUGGCGGGUCGACGAGGCAGCGGCCAUGUUGCAGAAACACGAGACCUACAGGUGGUACACCGGUCUCGCCAUCUCCGUCAGCCUGGCCUUCGUGUGGACUCUGCUGAUGGUGGGGCUGUGCUGCGGGUGCUGCUCCCACACCUCCGACCAGGCGCCCACGGAGAGGUCCUGCGUGUCCAACUCGGCCGGCCAGACCCUGCUCACAUCGGUUUUCUUCAUGUUCCUGCUGUCGAGCGUGCUGUGGGCGGUGGUGGUGGCGCUGUUCGUGGUGGGAGCGCACGCCCACGCCUUCAUCUGCCACCCGCUGUACGAGGAGCCGACGUUCCCGACCCUGGCCCGCCUCGUCGACCACUCGGGCAUGGUGUUCGACGACGGACCGAUGUUCAGCAACGUCCUGCACCCCGGCCGCGACGUCUACCUCGGCGUCGGCGACGUCCUCAGCCAGUGCAAGGAGGGAGGGGCCGCCUACCAGGUAUUCAAACUCCGCCAUUACUUCGACAUCGAGAACGAGAUCGACCACAGCAAAACCUUCGACCUGCGGGACACCCUCAGUCUGCUCAAGGUCAACCUCUCAAACGUCGAGCUCCUGUCGACCGAAGCGGAGGCCAACCUUGACAAGUUCCUGCGCUCCGUUAAGAUCGACCUCGCGCCUUAUAGAAAAGAGAUGGAUAAACCGCUCGUGAGGAAGAACCUGCCGGCGUUGGCGGAGCAGAUGCAAAACGUAGCGGGCCAGCUGCGCUCAGUGGCCGCCUCAGCAGAGCUUUUCAAGAUGGUGGCGCGGACGAGGAACAUCAUCAGCAACACUCUCUACCCUCUGGAGAAGCGAAAGGAGGAUGUGACGUAUCAGGUGGCGACGCUGGACCUGGAGGUGAUGCCUCUGCAGCGCCAGAUCAACCAGAGCUCCGGGCACCUCAGGACCAUCCAGUAUUUCAUCCACAGCCACGGAUCCUCUCUUGCGGCCGCCAAAGCCCGCGGCUACGUCGAGAGGAUCCUGAGCUACGCCCGCCAGUAUACCGAGCACGUCCGCAACGCCGCCCUCAUGCACGUCGCCCCUUGCACGCCCGUCUGGAAUCUCUUUGACUCUGCUCGCGGUGUCACUUGCAACGGGAUCAUUGAACCUCUGAACGCGUUGUGGUUGGCAACCUGCUGGUGCCUGCUGCUCUUCCUGCCAGCCAUUGUGAUAAGCCUCGCCCUGGCUCGAUUCUACCUACGCAUGGAUAAUGACGAUGACACGCUUCCUCUCCACUCGAACGGGUCUCCGCCGGGUUCGAGCACCAACCUGCAGAGCGGCGGGUCGUCGGCGCUGUGGGGGCCGAAGGCGACGCCGCACGCCCACGCGCACCACGCGUACCCGAGUCGCCACCACAAUGGACCCGAAAGAGGCGAGAGAACGGAGCGCGAGCACCCGGAAGUCCCCCGCGAAGCCUCCUCUCGGUUCCGCAGGCAGCCGCGCGCCCCGCAGCGUCUGGCGCCGGAAGAGGUGGUGGCGGGGGCGCAGGUGGCGGCGUGGCGGGACGCGUGGCGGGCGGGUGCCGGCUUCGUGACUCUGGAGCUGGUGGCGCGGCACGUGCACCGCCCCAUCGACUGGGUGCACCAGCACUGGCACGACGACCCGCGGCAGAAACAAACACUGGUGAAGCACGCCACUCCUCGCGCCAGGACGGCCACCUCCCUCGCCCUUUGACGUGGGAAGUCUCGCUUUUGUGAACCGUGACCUGACUUCCCUCUGGAGCAGGAGUGCCUUGCCUCUCUCCAGGUGCCACAAAGAUGCCAUCCUCCAGCACGUUACCGAACUGUCUUCAUUCGUUCAUAGGAUUCGGAGUUGUAAAUAAGGUUGAUACUUGGCGUUGCAUGUAAAUGGCUUGGCUACAUAUUUCAGGUUGUAUGAAUGUCUGUUUGUGUGUUCUCUUAUACAUGUUUUUUUUUUUUUUAACUCAAAGUAUUCAUAAUUUUUAACGAUUUAAGUAAUGACUACUUUUUCAUGUUUUGAUAGUCUUGUACACAGAAAAUGAAAUAUGAUAAAACUAUUUUUUAUCUAAGCCUUGUUUCUAUAUUAAUGAGGAACUGAAUACUAUUUAUAAGUGAUAAUUAUUUAUUAUUCUACUUUCCAGAAUUUUAUAUUUUCCUAUUUUGUCAGUUAGUUAUUAUUAAUAUGAUUUUUUUCCAGUCAAAUAUGAAGCAAUUAAUGUAGAAUGAUAUAUUUCUAUUUUCAUAAUACAUAAAGAUAUCCUUAGAUAGUAUGUGUGCUUAUGAAUAAUUGUUAUAUAUAUUUCAUAAUUUAUUAAUUCGAAGUGAUACACUUCGUUAAGUAAUUUCAGUCCUCUGAGGAUAUGCACUGCACCCCGUUUUAUCACCGUAUGUUAUUGCACUUGUUGGUUAUAACAUAUAUUUGUUUAUCUAGUCAUCACAGUCAAAACAUACUGUAUGUCCCUUUCCUUUUGUACGUUUCCAUUUUUUUUAAUGGCACUGAUUUAGAAGAUUUCAGCUGCACUGUGUUCAAUAAUUAUCGUGUGAGAAUAUCUGACAUGGCUUGGUGUGAAACUGAGACAUUUCUGAUUCCCUUAUUUUAGGUUAUAGCAGUCAACGCCAUGAGAUGGUUUGUUCAGUAAUGUAAGAUUUUAGGAUUUGCAUUAUUUUGUACACUAAGCGUAGAUCAACAUCUAGUUUCGAUGGAAAAAUAAAACGAAGAAUGUAUA